UUCCAUGCCAACAACAUUUAAGAAAAAAAGAAAAACCGCAGCCGACCAGUCAGAAAAUUCGGGAUAAAGCGAUAUAUAUUCACGACCCACAGUUUUAUUUUCUUUAUUUUAUUCAAAAUUGGGAGGCUAACACCAAAUCUUCAAUCAAUCACUACCCAACAUUUAUUUACACACGGAAAAGGCAAAAGAUGGAAAAUACCAGAAUUGCAAAGAAGACAGAGGACAUUCGAAGAAGAAGAAAGAAGAAGAAACCUGUUGAAGAAUAACCCAUUAAAAGCUUUUUCAUUUGGUUUUUAGCUUCUCUUUUCUGGCUUAGUUUUCUGCAACCAAAGUUUCAGCUUCGUAUAUCCAGUCUCUUAUUGCUUAAUUCCCUGGUGCGUAAAUGAAGGACUUGAACUUUAGCUUUGAUUGCAUGCACUUGAUCUCUUUUUUGUUUCAUGUUGAUUUUUUUUAAUGGUAUAUUGCUCUCUAUGUGGUUGCCAAGGGAAAAGGAAUUGAAAUUUGAUCAUGGUUCUUCUGCUUUUUCUGUAUUGUUUUGGUUUCUGCGAAAUUUUAAUAGUUCAAAUGAAAAGAAAUGGUUGGUUGUGUUGAGUUCAGCUUAACAAAGGUUUUAGUUUGAUCUCGCGCUUUAUGUUGAACAGUUGAAGAAUCAAACUUUGAGAAAGUUAUAUAUUCUUAACAAAAAACAAAUAAGUAGGUAUGUGUAUAUAUAUCUUCUUCGUUUUUCUAGAAUUUUAAGCAACCGAUUGGACCCAUGUCGAAAUUUUAGCUGGAGGGUUGUUGACUUUGUAUUCUGCAUUAAGCUCCCUGUCUUCCUUUGAAUCCUUUCUCUCUGUUAAUCGUGUCAAAGAAAGGCCUGAGUUUUAGUACUUAUUGGUUGAGAACUUGAGAUUAAUAUUAUAAUGGCCUUUUGAUAUUUGUGUUUUGGAGAUUCUUCUUUGUUAUGGAAUUCUCUUCUCCAAGAAUCGAAGAUGGCCAAAUAGAAAUUCCUCCAAUGCUAAUAUUUUGUUGAAAAUUUCAAAGGAGAUACUUCUUGGAAUCUCAGUCAUUUGAUUGGUUUUUGUUUUACGUUAUUCUAGUUCUGUUUUAUGUCUAAGUAUGUUGUUUUCCAUCAGUGGUAACAGUUAAUAUUAAGUUGGGGGGAUUACUAUAUUUUAUUUUGCUUAUUUUUGGAAACGAUAAGACCAAAGGUCAAAGGAUAAAAGAAAGUGAAGUUUUGAAUAAGUACUUUUUCCUUUAGGCUGUCAAUGACCACUUCCUAACAGAGUUGAUUAUUCCAGGAUGCUGCGUUGGUUUCUGGAAAACCAUAAACUGCUUGUUUCCCUUUGUUAGCUAGCUGGCUUGAAGAAGGCAUAGCUUCCUGCGUAUCCUGUCUGAGAUCCUGAUGUCUGCUUCAGCUCCCUAUGAUCGGAUGGGAGAACUAAUUGAGAUGCAGAUGCUUGUUGUAGGGAUAGUCUGGUAGCCUCUAGUAUAAAUGUGGAAUUGGAAUUAGAAUUUUAGAACUCGUUCUUUAGUCGGUGGGAACUGAGGCAAGUAAAGGGCUCUGAUAAAUGCAAUUUGAUUCUUAUGCAUGAAUGCACUGAGAAAGAGGGGGAAAAAAACCAUAUAAAAGAAGUGAAGUCCAAAUAAAGCACUUCAUCUUGAAAUUUGUUGAAGAUGGGCUUGCCUCAAGUGUCUUCUAGCAGUAUUGCUGAGGAAAUGGCAGCAUCACUGUGCACAUUUAUGCAACCUCCGCCUAGACUUGCCGGCAUGAGCAGCUGUGAUUUAAGUGGGAUGCAUGGAGGAAACCUGGGAAAUCACCUGCAGGUGGAUUUCACAUGCUCUUCUUUUGGAGAGUCCCGAAGGAAAUCCAUCAUGGAGAUUCCAAAUAAACCAGAUUUUUCGAAUGCACGUAAAGAUGGUAGAUCAAACAUGCAUGCGUUGAAGAUUAACACUAAGAUAGAAAACCACUGGUUAAAUCAGAAAAGUGGGCAGAAUAUGCAGACACCUGUUCCUAGGAUUGUUGGUUUCGAACCAAGACAAUUAGAUUCUCCUCUUAAUUUUUUUGAUGGAAACCAAUAUUCUUCAAGUGCGGUGACUGUCACAACAGGUGACACAACUGAGGCCACUGGGUCAGCACUCAGGAAGCGGUUAUUGUCUCCUUUGAAUGGAAUGCUUCUCCAGGAUCAUUUCAAUGGUGAUUCUCUAGACAUUGGGGAUGGGGUUCACAAGAGCGGCGCCUGGGGAUACAAUGAUAGUUCUAAUGUUCCCACAUUACAUGAGCAUAAGAAGGCUCAUAUUGGCAACUCCAGUUAUUUUAAUUCUACGAUCUGGUCUGCAUCUUGUUCCCCAGAGUGGAAGAGUUCACUGAAUCACAACUGCAAUGCAAACUCCUCUUCUGUAUUUGAUGGUCCUUUGCUUGAAAACAAGGAGCCACAAUCUCAAAAUCAGUUCAUAUCAUCAUCUGGACUUGAUUACUCUAGAGAAACAAUUAAGGUAAGGUCAGAAUCGGGGGCUAUAGACAUAUCAUCAAGAAAAGUGGCUUUGCCUACACUUUCUUUAUCUCCUCUUGGUCCAAAGUUUCCUGAAAGAUUGAAAUGUGGAGAAUUAUGCAGGGAUCAUACGCCAAAGUUAGAUGAUAACAAUAUAACUCUUAAGGACGUACAACAAUCACUUGAUGGAACUAUCUCAGCCAUUUCAUCGUCCUGGAAAGAGGAGGCUUUUAGGUUGCUAAGUAACUCAUCGCAAGACGUUGAUAUGCUGCAGAAAAAGUUUGACCUUUUUGGGUCUGAGAGUACUACCACUGGGAUGGGGCAGCACUGGAGUCAGGAUUUGAAAUCUAAGCCUAAAGGUGUUAAAUUAGUACGAACACCGACUGGACUGCCUGGUAGAAGGUCAUUGGUUGGAUCGUUUGAGGAAUCCCUGUUGUCUGGUCGAUUGGUAUCUGCAAAGGUUAAUCAGAGAAUUGAUGGUUUUCUUGCUGUUCUGAACGUCACUGGAGGGAAUUUCUCGCCAAAAUCACAGAAACUUCCGUUUGCAGUGACCAGUGUAGAUGGAGAUAACUAUUUACUGUAUUAUUCAUCAAUAGAUCUUGCUAGGAAUAUGACGCCAAGCAAUUAUGGAAGCCUAAGGAUGAAGCGGAGCUUUAGCAUGGAUGAUUCACGAGCAGACAAGAGCCGUCUGAGAAUACCUAUGAAAGGCCGCAUACAACUGGUUCUCAGCAAUCCAGAAAAGACACCUAUUCACACCUUCUUCUGUAACUAUGAUUUGAGUGACAUGCCAGCGGGUACCAAGACAUUUUUGCGCCAAAAGAUCACUCUAGCCUCUUCUGAACCAACCUUUAAGGCUGGGAACGGAAAACAUACAGAUCCUGGUAAAGAAAAUGAUGCCAAGCCAUCUUCGAUCCUAGAUGCUGCUAAUUCUCUGCAGCUUAAUGCCAAUGAUGCAGAUUCAAAUGGGCUUGAUAAUGCCCAUACAAUUAGAUCUUCAAACCAGUGUAUAACAGUAUUGGGAACUGGAGGCUCUGCGUACACCAAUGAUGUACUCAAUCAAUACCAUAGAGAGGGAGAAUGCAUGACGGCCUGUUAUCCCGGUGAAUCCAAUGGUUGUGUAUGUGAAAAGAUCAGCGAGAAGGACAGCAUCACACUGAAUAGAUGCCAUAUUAGUGAAAGCAAGUCUGUGUAUACCCCUUCAAAGGUUAGCAAGAAUACUACUGGUGCUGGCGUUCUGCGUUAUGCUCUUCACCUUCGCUUCUUAUGCCAUUUUCCUAAGAAACGUUCAAGGUCUGUCCAGAGAUGCAAAUUAGAUCCCUUAUCUGGACAAGCGACAAACAGUUUCGACAUUGAAGGAGAGCGGCGCUUCUACUUAUAUAAUGAUUUGAGGGUCGUGUUCCCUCAACGGCAGACAGAUUCGGAUGAGGGAAAGUUACAUGUGGAAUAUCAUUUUCCUUCAGAUCCGAAAUACUUUGAUAUCAGCAACUAAAAGGCAUAGGACUUACCUGCUUAAUAGAUAGCAUUAUCUGUCGCCUCUGUAAAUAGUUGUACAUUCAAUUCCCUCAUAUUUGGGGCAAUUCCCCAUUCAGUCUGUAAAUAACCAUGUUUAUCAAUAACUAGUCGAUUAAAUAUGUACUUUUCAUACU